UUGGCGGCCCCGGCGGACUGGCGCAACUGGAUCAGCUGGCGGGGUUGUCACUCAACGGCAGUGGCAUGGGGGGCGGUGGUGGCGGUGGUGGCGGCGCAGCUCCCUCCCUGGCGCGUGAGAGCCUGCGGUCGGUUCGGUCGGUUAGCAGCAGCAGCAGCAGCGAGCGGGGGACGUCGGAGCGAGUGGAGACGGCCAGUGUCAAGCACUUCAAGGGCAUCCCCCCCCGCCUGGUGGAGAUGUACCGCCGGCGAGCGCAGUCCGCCCACUGGGCCCUCGCCGCCGACACAGCCGCCCUCUCGCGCAUCACAAGCAGGCGGGGCAGCAUUGAAAACCUGGCGGCCAGCCGACCCAUGGGUCUCGCUCGGCAAUCCGCGCCGCCCGUUACCUCCAUGGCGGCGGCUACGGCUGCUGCUGCUGCUGCCGCUGCGGGGGGUUCCGAAGCUCGUACGCCGCUGCUGAACAAGGCCCACUACGUGGGAAGCAGCAGCAGCAAGGGG